AUGAAGCGGCCAGCAUCGAGAAACAACAACCCUCUGCGGCCAAAGCUCGAGAAAAAGUUGAGCAAAGCAAAGGUUGCACGGUGCAUCCGAGACACUGUGGGCAAGAAGCGGACCUGCUAUGCACUUUUCAUUGAAGAGCAAUAUCCCAUCAUCUCCCAGGAGUUGACGGAUGAAGGUUUUGUUCCCGAAGACGGCCGCAUCCAACGAAUGGUCAUGCACCGCAUUUCAGUUAGAUGGAAUGGCCUUUCAGAGAAAGAGAAAGACACGUAUAGGAAUGCCGCCAAGGAGGAGUUCGCGGCUCAACAGUCCGCUCUCAGCCAAGUGUUGCAUGACAAUGAUGAGGCGCCUGCGGAAGGGCCGCUGGCGGAUGCUCCAGCAGUUGUGGGAAACUGGACUUUCCUUAAUCCAAAUGAACCGUUGUGGACAGGUGGCAACUGCAACGCGUAUUUGGUACAGCACAAAAAGCUGCUCUAUCGAAUGAUGGCCACUCUUUUUCACGACGCCCAUGACUACAACCAGGAGCUCAGAGUGCUGAAUGAGGUGAAUAAGCAAGAGUCGGCAAGCUUCCAUCAUGAGGUUUUCCUGGUAGCCAUGGAAAGCACGGUUUCGACAUCUCCUGUGCGGUGCCGGGUUCAGCAGUGGCUGCCGAUGCUGGAUGAGAUUGCCGAGCCAAUGCGGGGAUCCAAAUUGGCUGCCGUGGCGUCUCAGCUAGCUCGAGCUUUGACCCAUUUGCAUGGCCUCGGUGUCCUACACCUGGACGUUCGAGGGAAGUCUGUUUUCUGGAGCGAGCGGGAGUGCCUCGCGAAGCUUGGCAGAUUUCACCGCUCCCGAGCCAUGGACAGUCAGGAGCCCUUGCUGUACCCUCCUUAUGCUGCGUCGCACCGCCCGCCAGAAUGCUUGCUUUGUCCUCUGGCUAAGAUGCCAAUCAAUCCAAAGACAGAGUCAUGGGCCUUUGGUGUAACUCUUGUCAAAUUGGCGACGGGAACGCCUCCUUUCAAGGAAGUCACGGAGACACUGAAUUUCAACUGGGCGGAAGAGUCAAUGACCAAGAAUGAAGCCUUCGAAAGCCUUCCAGAUCCAGUGCGGCUUGUCAUGUUGCGUCUCCUCGCUGCAGAAGACGAUCGUAUGCAAUUGAAUGAUUUCUUGCAAAGUGAUCUCCUGACAAGAUUGUCAGUAGAGUGGUGA